AUGGCUGCGCUGGCUCGGAGCGUGCUGGUGACAGGGUCCAACCGGGGCAUUGGACUGGAGCUUGUGCGGCAGCUCGCCGCCAGCCCCCGGCCCCCCCAGUACAUCUUUGCCACCUGCCGCGACCCCAAGGGUCCAAGAGGGAAGGCCCUACAAGAAUUAGCUGCCCAGCACUCCAGCAUCAAACUGGUCCAGCUAGACACAGUGAAUUUGCCCAGCAUCCAAGGGGCCAUGCAGGCUGUGGGGUAUCAUGUGAAGGACCAAGGCUUGAACCUGCUCAUCAACAACGCAGGCAUCAGCUCCCACACCACACUGCACUCCCUGGACUCGCAGGAGAUGCUCAAUGUGUUUGCCACCAAUGUGGUUGGACCACUCCAGGUUGUGAAGGAAUUUCUGCCACUCCUGGAGCAAGCGGCGAAGGGUGCAGGGAAGGAGGGUCUGAGCUGCAGCCGGGCCGCUGUCAUCAACAUCUCCAGCAAACUGGGCUCCAUUGGGCUGUGCCUCAGGGUGCCAGAGGCCCCCAUGUACCCGUACCGGGCCAGCAAGGCUGCCCAGAACAUGGUGACGAGGUGCUUGGCUGCGGAACUCCAGGUCAAGGGGAUCUUGUGCAUGGCCAUCCAUCCUGGCUGGGUGAAGACUGACAUGGGCACAGAGGAGGCACCGCUGACAGUGGAGCACAGCGUGAGGGGCAUCCUGACUGUGCUGGCCAGCCUCUCACAGGACACCUCCGGAACCUUCCUCGACUGGGAAGGGAACAGCCUGCCCUGGUGA